AUGCCAACAACAAAGGAAGCUGCAGCGGCAGCAGCAGUGACAGCUGCAAACGAUGCGCUUGCAGGACAGGCCGCGGUCGCAGCGCAGCAAGCUAUCUUUGCAAAGCAAGCUGCCGCUGCAGCAGCUCAGCGAGCGGAGUUUGCCUAUCUCGCUGGCCUACCUCCAAACCGGCGGACAGUUGCGCAGAACACCCGCCUGGCGGUCUUCCUGGGCAACGCCCCCCGCACCCAGCAGGCGGGCCCAACUGCCCUACACGCGCUGUCCACAUCAGUGCAGGUGGUGGAGGUGGCGCGGGGCGGCACGGUGUAUCGAAUGAACGACCAACCCGACGGAUUCUAUGUGGUAGUGGAUGGCCGGAUCAUACUGUACGAUGUGAAGGACAAGGACGAGGCAGAAGAGGACGACGGUGUUGUUGAGCGGCUGGGCCGUCUGGACUGCUUCGGCGAGGAGGACCUGCUGUCCAACAGCCGCAGGGGCCACCGCGCGGAUGUGGGGCCCGACUGCUCCGCGCUGCUGCUGCGGGUGCCCCCCGAGCUGUACCGCAAGUACUUGCAGCACCUGCACCAGCCCGACUUUGAGGACAAGGUGGAGUUCCUGGGGCAACUGGAGGUGUUCAAGUCGCUGCCCAAUGAGACGCUGCGGAAGCUGGCACCGUGCUUCUCACAAGUGGUACGGGGGCAGGUUGGGGGGCUGGCCCGAGCAUGGCGUUGGCCUUGCCAAGAGCUCCGUGCUCGUGAGUACCUGGUGUACCAGGGGGAGAGGGCCGAGUCCAUGUACGCCAUUGCCAGUGGACAGUGCUCCGUACUGGUGGAUUCAACUUAUAAACCUGACCAGGGGGAGGCGGCGGAGGCAGACCCGAAGAAGGCCAUGCAGGUUUGCCUGAUCGGGCCGGGCAACAUUGUUGGGGACAUGACGGUGCUGGCCAACGUCCGCAGACGAACCGCCUCCAUUCUGUGCCUCUCUGACGUCAUCUGUUAUAAGAUCCGCCGGGCUACGUUCGUACGCCGAGUUCCUCCCAUGGAACUGGAGGCUCUACGUCAGGUCGCGGAGGCCAAGCUGCGGAUCACGGAGCGCCAGCUGAGGAGCUCGGUCAACGGAACAGCGGCCGGACAGCCGGGCAGCAAGGCCGCCGCCUCGCUACGAGACAAGCUGCUGCGGGGCCAUGAUUUACGGCAGCUGGCUGCCAACCCUGUCGUACCCGCCCUGGAGCUACGUGGCCUGGCACCGGCGCUGCACAAUGAAGCUAUCGAGAACCUCAUCACGAGCAGCCUCGCAACGGCGGCCGCAGUUGCUGCGGCGGCCGCGGCCUCCGCUAGCGGCGGCGGUGAUGGCGGCGGUGUGUCAAGUAUGGCGCCGGUGGUGGCCCCCACGGCGCACAUGUCCAGCAGCGCCACCAUUGCCGCUGCCACGGCGGCGGAGGCGAGGCUCCGUUUCGGAGCUGUCCAUCCAGUCAUUCAUUCGUCCCCGUGCUACCCGGUCGACAAGGUCCGCAGCUCCGAUAUUAACUUCUCCUGGGGCCUGGGCCCCGGUACCAUGAUCAAUUCUCUGUUGGAACGGCCCGCUACAGCGGGAGCGGACAUCACCCUACACCGAGUCUACCCCGAAGAUGCCGCCGCCGCCUCAGCAGCAGCAGCAGCAGCAGCAGCAACCACAGCAGCAGUCCAGCAAGACCCCGGCGGCGGCGGCAGCGGCGGGGGCGGUCUGAACAGCCUAAGCGCCCUUAGCGGCGGUGGUGUGGGCUUUCCAGCACAGCUGCCGCUGCCGACUCCACUGCUGCCGUCGGCGGCCGCGGCGCAACUGCGGCCCACAUCUUCUCGUAAGCACCUUCAGCACACCUCCCUGAGCCACAGCCGUAGCCGCGGCAGUGGCGCUGUGUUCCGGGGGAGUUCAUCCUCCGCCGCAACGGCGCUCUCGCAGCCCCGCUGGGGCUGGACGUCGUCGCCUAUUGAAACGCCGAGCUUGCCGUACACGGCGCCAUCGUCGUUCGGUGUGACGUCGAACGGCGUCGCGUUCAGCGUCGUGGGCAUCAGCGUCAGCGGCAGCGAUGGGCCACGCACGUCGAACAGCGGCAGCGGCGGUGGCGGAGGGGGAGCCGUCAGCCCGCGGCUCAAUCGCGGUGGGGUGCAUAGCGCAAAUCAGAUUAACAGGGACGCGUUGCCGUACAUUACUGGUGAAAAAGGGCUCCUGGCAUCGGACGCAAGCGACGUCGGCCGCAAGAGCUUCAGCGGAGGGUACGCCGCCGCCGUUCCACAGCAUGCGGGGUCCCUGCAGCGGCCCGGGCCGCUUAUCAUUGGGGCCGCAGCUCCCCCCAACAUGCCACCGCCGCAACCACCUCCACAACACGUUUCGCAGCCGGGGCUGUCACGACCGCAGUCCCACGACCCCAUGCCCGGGCACCCACCCAGCCAAGCAUGGUCUCCCCAGCAACCAGCGCCAGCAUGGCCAACACAGUCGGAGCAGCAACAGCAGCAGCGGCAGCGAAGCGAGAGCGGUGGCGGCGACACACCGGGACUCGCCUCCCGCAUCAGCGGCGACGCUGCGGCCUCCGGCGGCGCCGCCUCCCCGGCCGUACAGGACGCAUCCUGGUUACCCUCCAGUGGCCCCAGCGGCCCCAACUCCCCGACACGGUCCCUCCACGGCGAUGCUUCCUUGCCCCAGGACCAGCGAUGGGCCAACGGCCGCAGCGUCAGCCGCGGCCGCGGUGGCAGCCACGGCAACAGUCGCGGCGGCAGCAUUAGCCGCGGCGCCAGCGCCGUCUUCACCAGUGGCGAGGAGGACUUUGGUAGCGAUGGCGAGUCCCUGACGCCCAGCCGCCGGGAUGCGGUCCGAUGGACUAAGAGCACAGGCAAGGCGCGGUUCAGUCGUCAUAUGGUCACCCAGAACAGCUCAGUAGACGCCAUGGUAGCGGAGGCGAUUGCGGCGGCAUUAGCCAACGAAAUGCUCAUGGCUCAUGUGCGGCAAGCGGAGGAGACAAUGGCCAGGGGGACCGAGGAGGCUGAGGAGGGUACUGGCGAGGGGGACGGCGGCGGGGAGGGCGAGGUGGCAGGGGAGACGGCAGCGGAAGGGGGGAACUUGGUGCCGGGGGAGCCGGCUGAAGGGGCAGGCGCAAGGGGGCAGGGAGGUAAGGAAGGCGCGGGUGUGGAAGGUGGCCCGGCGCAGGCUAGGGCUGAGGGAGUGGACGGGCCGGGAGAAGGGGAAGAGGGCAGCGUACCGGAUGGUGGCCGCGAUGGGGUGGAUGGAGGGGGAGGGGACGAGACGAAGAGGACAGCAGAAGGUGCCGAGGACGGCGGGGACGCGGAAGCAGACGCGACGAGGAUUGGCGAGGAGUUAGAACAGGCGGAGGGGCCAGCAGGGACUUCCGGGGAGGAGGGGCCAGUGCAGCGGGAAGACUGUGCCGCGGCAGAUGCUGGAGAGGCGGAGCCGGACGCCGCAGAUGGAAGUGUUGCACCCGCGACAGAGACUGAGGCGGAGACUGAGGCGGCGGUAGUUGACGCGGCCACGGCAGAGGCGGGCGCGUCAAGCCGGCCAGCAGCAAAGGACGCAGCUGAGGCUGGUAGCGCGGAGGGUCAGAGUUCGCGCACUGACGCAGAGCGGCCUGCAGCCGGAGCCGACACCGAGGCCGACGCGACACCGGCAACAGCGGCGGCGGCGGGGACAAAGGAGGAACAGACGGAAGCGGAACUGGAAAUCGGGCCGGACGAGACGGGAGCCGUCGCAUCCGAUGUGGAGGCUGGUGCUGCUGCGCCAUCGGACGGUGAGGCGCCCCCGGAGACGUCUUCCGCAGCGGCGGUGGGAUGUCGUAGCGGCGGCGCGGACGUCAGCGCAGAUGUGCCUUCCCACCCCGCUUUGGCUCGCCAGGAUAGUGAGGUCAUGAGCGAGGGCAGCGCUGCGUCCGGGGAGGGUCCUUCACCGCCGCGACAGCAGCAAGACUCCUUGGCGGAAGGGGAGGAUCAGCCAGCAGGGCCAUCAUCUGAGACCCACAGCGAGCCGGCAACGCUGCAGAAUCCGCCGUCUAUGGGCACGGCACACACGGGCAACGCCCCCGCUGCGCCUCCCAGGCCGAUGUCUUCAGGAGCUUUUUCGAGGGCCACCGCCGCCGCUGCCGCUGCCGCUGGAAGCGAAGGGCAAUCCCCGCCCCAGCAGCCGGCCACUCCGCCGGCGGCACAUAACCAGUCACAAUCCGCUGCCACCACCAGCGCUUCACCGAGGAAUGUAAGUCGUCAGCCAACCACUCUGCAGCUGGUACUUCCGGACUCUGCAGGGUCUUUUUCGAACCGGCCGGGGAGCAGCUUGUCACCCACUCGCCGGCCAUCCACACCGCCAGUGGCGCCUCGUCCAUACCCUUACGUUGGGCCCUUCCUGUCCUUUAAGAAGACUCCGCAGCUGCCCGCAAACCUGCUGGCAUCCACGGCGCAAGGCAUCUUGCCCGUCGGCAAGCUGCCGUCUGUAGGCCCGCGCGGCUCCCCCAUGACGCCGGCCGCACCCGUGUUUGCGAUUGCGCCUGUGCCCCUGCCCGUGCCUACGGCAGUGGCUGUGGCUGCUGCUGCGGCUGGGCCCACGCCGGGCGGUAUGAACGGUGCGCCACAGGCUAUACCUCCCGUUGCAGCUACAGCCGCUGGACAACCCGUUGCAGUGCCGCAUGGGGAGCUGCGUCAGGGCCGGGCAGACGGUUUCCGCAGCCUGAGUGCCAUUAUGACUAACGCCGGCAAUGGAGGCGGGGCAGGAGGCUUCCACGCAGGGGGUGGAAGCAGCGGGACGCGAGGGCAGCUGCGCAAAGGGGGGACGCUGUACCGUUCCCCCAACGCCUCGGUCGUGCUAUAG